GCCUCGGCGCCGGGAGCUUAAACUGGCGCUCUGCUGACGGGGCUCGCUUCUCGCGUCUUCCUUCACUGCUUCCUCCACCUUCCUCCCCUGUUCUGGUUCUGAAAUCAGAGAGCAAGGAUAAGCCAUGACGACCAAGAAGCUUGAGCGCAUCCCCAGCAUGCGGGAGAGGGUGGAGGACACCCUCUCCGCCUACCGCAACGACCUCGUCUCGCUUCUUUCCAGGUUCGUGAGCCAGGGUAAGGGGAUGCUGCAGCCGCAUCACCUCGUCGACGCCCUCGCGACGCUUGGGGACGACGGCCGCACCAAGCUCUCCGAGGGCCCCUUCUCGGAGGUCCUCAGAUCUGCGCAGGAAGCAAUAGUUCUUCCACCAUUCGUGGCCAUUGCCAUCCGCCCCAGGCCUGGCGUGUGGGAGUAUGUCCGGGUUAAUGUCUAUGAGCUCAGCGUCGAGCAGCUGAGUGUGUCGGAGUACCUUCAAUUCAAGGAAGAGCUCGUCGAUGGAAGGUCUGAUGAUCGCUACACGCUGGAGCUGGACUUUGAACCAUUCAAUGCUUCAUUCCCACGGCCAAACCGGUCAUCAUCGAUUGGAAAUGGGGUUCUCUUCCUGAAUCGGCACCUUUCAUCCAUUAUGUUUCGCAACAAGGACUGCUUGGAGCCCCUGCUGGAUUUCCUCCGGGCCCACAAGUACAAGGGUCAUGUCAUGAUGUUGAAUGACAGGGUACAGAGUGUAUCCAGGCUUCAGUCCGUUCUAGCCAAGGCUGAGGAAUAUUUGUCUAACCUUAUACCGGAGACUCCUUUCUCUGAAUUUGCUUACAAGCUUCAAGAGAUGGGUUUGGAGAAAGGCUGGGGUGACACAGCUCAACAUGUUCUUGAAAUGAUUCAUCUUCUUCUUGACAUUCUUCAGGCUCCUGAUCCUUCCACUCUGGAGAUGUUUCUGGGGAGAAUUCCAAUGGUGUUCAAUGUUGUAAUCUUAUCUCCCCAUGGAUACUUUGGCCAAGCUAAUGUAUUAGGCUUGCCAGACACUGGAGGGCAGGUUGUCUAUAUACUGGAUCAAGUUCGCGCAUUGGAAAAUGAGAUGCUUCUGAGGAUAAAAAAGCAAGGGCUAGAUAUUGAUCCUAAAAUCCUCAUCGUUACUAGGUUGAUACCUGAUGCAAAAGGCACAACAUGCAAUCAGCGGCUAGAAAGAGUCAGUGGAACACAACAUUCUCAUAUCUUGCGGGUGCCCUUUAGAACUGAAAAGGGAAUUCUUAAGAAAUGGAUUUCAAGAUUUGAUGUUUGGCCUUAUUUGGAGACAUUUACAGAGGAUGUGGCAAGUGAGAUCGCUGCAGAGUUACAUGGCACUCCAGAUCUCGUUAUUGGAAAUUACAGUGAUGGGAAUCUUGUUGCAUCUUUGUUAGCUUAUAAACUGGGAAUCACCCAGUGUAACAUUGCUCAUGCACUAGAGAAGACAAAAUAUCCAGAUUCAGAUAUAUAUUGGAGAAAGUUUGAGGACAAAUACCAUUUUUCAUGCCAGUUCACUGCUGAUCUAAUUGCUAUGAAUAAUGCAGAUUUUAUAAUCACUAGCACCUAUCAAGAAAUUGCUGGAAGCAAGAACACAGUUGGACAGUAUGAGAGCCAUACUGCUUUCACUUUGCCUGGUUUAUAUCGUGUUGUCCAUGGAAUCGAUGUUUUUGAUCCAAAGUUCAAUAUAGUCUCCCCUGGAGCAGAUAUGAGUAUUUACUUUACAUACUCGGAAAAGGGAAAGAGACUCACUUCUCUUCAUGGUUCAAUUGAAACGCUGCUUUAUGAUCCAGAGCAAUGUGAUUUGCACAUUGGUUGUUUGGAUGACCGAUCAAAGCCCAUUAUUUUCUCCAUGGCGAGGCUUGACAAAGUGAAAAACAUAACAGGCUUGGUCGAAUGGUUUGGUAAAAGCACUAAACUAAGAGAAUUGGUCAACCUUGUGGUAGUUGCUGGAUACAUUGAUGUAAAGAAAUCCAGUGAUAGAGAAGAAAUCCAAGAGAUUGAGAAGAUGCACGAGCUCAUUAGUUCAUAUAACUUGUCCGGUCAGUUCCGCUGGAUUUCUGCCCAAACGAAUAGGGCAAGGAACGGUGAGCUGUAUCGCUACAUAGCUGAUACUGGUGGUGCUUUUGUUCAGCCUGCUUUUUACGAGGCUUUUGGUCUAACUGUAGUGGAGGCCAUGACUUGUGGUCUUCCAACAUUUGCCACUUGUCAUGGAGGUCCUGCAGAAAUCAUUGAAAAUGGAUUAUCAGGCUUCCAUAUAGAUCCAUACCAUCCUGAUCAGUCUGCUGUAGUCAUGGUGGAGUUUUUUGAACGUUGCAAAGAGGACUCUGGCUACUGGAAGAAAAUAUCGGAUGGAGGGCUGCAUAGAAUACAAGAGAGGUAUACAUGGAAGAUCUAUUCAGAAAGGCUAAUGACACUGGCUGGAGUUUAUGGCUUCUGGAAAUACGUUUCAAAGCUCGAAAGGCGUGAGACGCGGAGAUAUCUUGAAAUGUUCUACAUACUGAAGUUCAGAGACCUGGUGAAGUCUGUCCCUCGUGCAGUCGAUGACGAUCACUGAUACUGUACAUAAACUAAAAUAAUAAACAUGUGCCUCUGCCGCAAAAUUGGUUGUCCGUCGACGGCGUGCCACAAGCUGCAAAGUACUCGGGAAAAGCCUAGUUAAGUUCAAUAUUCGAUGGUCAUCAAGCUGCUUUCUUGCACACUGUCACUAAUAACACUUCCAAUAAGAUUUGUAAGGUAUGCCAGGCAGAUGCUCAAGUAGUCAACCCAUCUUCCCACCAACUUGCUUAAAGAUUAUGCUGGGUGGUGUUGCUUAUGGUGUAAGUUUUAUGUAUAAACUUGUGUUUGCUGUCAGCUUAUCCAGUCUAAACUGUUCUUGUAAAUAAAGGGAAACUGCAUUCCUGCUCUAA